CACAAGACAGUUGCCGGGAAUUUUGGAAAGCAGCAAGCGAACUGUACUGUUUGCUUUCAUCUGUCAACUUCAACUGCUUUGUUGUGUAUUUUUGAUCGCACACGACAUGCUUAUGCACCGUUGGUAGUUCCAGCAAUAUGUCACGCCAUUUUUAUACUUCAGUUCGUGGCCACGUCGUAAAAAUUUCAUUGCUUCCGGGUUCCAAGCUUGAUUCUUGUCUGCUUCAUAAUGGCAGUGUAGGUGACAACGGCGGAAACGCGAUUGAAGCGGAAAGGAUGGAAAGUUUCGCUCAUGUCAAACCGACGCUAUUGGCGGAAAGUUUUCAGUUUUCGACGGAGAGUGGUAAAUUCGAACCACGCGGCGAAAAAGUGACUCUAGAAUUGGGCAAUGGUUCAGACAUGAGACUCCAUGCAAUAGCCCGAAUUACCGAUAGUCGGACGGGCUUGAACUCUCCAUGCAUUGUUAUUGAGCAACGAGUAAGGCAAAAACGUGACAUGCUUGUUUCUGCUGCUGGGGAUAGGACUGUAAUCUCAGAGAGGUAUAAAUUGUCAGUUGUUUUGCUGUCAGUAAGCAAAAAGAAGUUUGUUCUUUGUUGCCAUUUCCAUUUGGCCUACUCUCUGAAGUCAACCAAAUUGUUUCUUCAAGAUGGACCAACAGUUUGCUGGGAGCACCAAGGAAGUGUUUACUUCACACAAUCCUUUGGACCAUUAAACCACACAGAACUCGAUGUUGUGAAGUUAGAUGGAGGCUGCUGGAAACCCACAAAUUCUUUGAAAUGGUUUGGUUUUAUAAAUGGGGAUGCAGUUGCCAUGGGAACAAAAAGAUCCCCUACUCAUGAAUAUUCACAUGGAGAAAUGGUGUUUGACUUGGGCUACAGAUGGACAGUUGUGAAGCUAAAUAACUCAUGCUCAGGAGUGUCAAGUACACCAACAGCACAUGAGCUUUUAGAAAUACCUCAUGAAUAUUCAAAUAUUGCCCAUUGUGUCCAAGUUUUCCAGAGCAGCACCACCCAAUCAGGAAAAGUUCUGGUUCUGGUAGCCACUGGUCAGUCUCAACUUGUUGAGAUUUGUGGAGGGUUUGUCAGGCGGGCUUGCAGCCUCACAUUCAGUGAUGCCAGUGGGAUUGUCAUUGCCUUGGUAGCAGGAGAAGAACUGAUUGUGGUGAAUUCCACUAGUGGUGGAGUCUGUGCUGUAUGGAAGAAAACUUUUGAGGUUGCCAGAGAAUGGACUGGCUUCCAUACCAUUCUUGUGGAUGAUUUUCUCCUCUCUGGAUCGGAACAGCUUUUGCUGUUAGGAGAAGGCACAGAUGCCCUUCAAAAGAGUUUCCACCUCACUGACCUUGGAAUGUGCAACUGGUCAUCCAAGGAAAAUGGACUCAUCGCCUCAGGUGAAGUCUUGUGUGCAGACAGCCUUCAGUCAGCAGUACAGGCACUAGAAACCCAAGUUCAGGCAGGUAUGGCAGCACUGAGGUCGUUAGAAUCACAGUGCCAUCUCAAGGCACAACUCAUCAAGCAAUCCCAGCAUGCUUUGUACAAGAUGGCUGAACCGAUGCCACCACUACCAUCACCCAGUACUUCACUGUCGUGCUUGUGUGACCUCUCGGGUGAAGACAUUGCAGAAGGUGAGGGGAAAAGGAAUGGAAAAAUGGAUGAUGACUCAACACCAAAAUGUCUGUCUGCUUGGCAUCGUAUUUUGGAUAAUCAGUGGAUCAUUGGCAUCGAGUUGCUCAACAAGUCUGACAGGCCUAUUUGCAAUGUGUGCAUUUCACUGAUCCCUGCCAGUGCUACUCAAGCUAGUCUCAACUCAAGCACAUCCACUUGCAGCUUCAAAUCAGUAGUCUCAGUUGCAGGCACAACCUCACUGCCUGGGGUUGGCAUAGGAACGAUGACAGAAUAUGGAGAACCACUGGAAAAGAGGAUAAAGCUGGGCCAGAACAUGAAGACAGCUUUUCUGGAGCCUGGACAAAAGACCACAGUAGUUGGUGUAAUGGGUAUUCCUGAGUUUGUCUCCAAACCAGUCGCAGCAUGUACUGUGAUGCUGCACUGGAGAGAACUUUGCACUGGCAACAGAAGUAAUGUCAUCAUCACAGCUGAUGAAACUGAGGCGGGGCUUUCUUUUGACAAAGAUCAGUUUGUUGAUAGACGGCGGCUGUGUGGUGGUGCGUGCUUGCAUGCUUCUGAUGUGGCAACUGGCAAAAUACUGCUAAACCCGUUGGACAUGUUGGAUCCCACAAAAUCAGAAGGAGAGUAUCUGCGUGAUAUGCAAGCUCUUGACGUCCUCCAACUGGCCACACCCCUCCUGCUGAUAUCCAAGCACAGCAACCUGCAGUGUGUGGAGGGCGCCCUGAAGAGCUCCUUAGGGUUCCAGAGUUUGCCAAGGCAGGGUGGAAUGAUAGCUUCUUCUGGAUCUCUCUGCAUGACAAGAUUAAAAAAUGUGUCCCUAGAGGGACCAAAGAAGAUGAAAUUGACAGUAUGGAGUAGGAAUCAAACAGACCUCCUCCUUUUCUGCCAGCACCUGUAUCAGCAAAUUCCCGAUGACAUCAUCAUCAAACCCCUCCCACCAACCAAUCAGAUCUGGUCUGCCAUGGAAACUUCCCUGACUGCCAUUGACAAGGAAUUGCAGUGCACAUCCAGAAGUCUGCAGCAGUUGCUAGUCACUGCUUCCUCAUCCAUGUUGCAGGGCCAUAACUCCCAAGCUGUGAUUGGGGAUAGCAGCAGUGCAGGGCCUUCUGGUGGGGACAAACUGAAACAGGUCAGAGGGGAUUUUGAGAGCGAAAGGAGAAAAUGGUGUAAUUCCGAUUUACAUCUUGAAGCCUGUGCUUCUGACAGGGCGUGCAUGCUAAGACAAGAGUUAUUGAACUUACAGAUAGAAACUGAUGCAGAUGCUAAUAGGCUGGCUCGUCUUUUCUCGGUUUCAAGUUGAGUCUUUUCAGUUAGAUUUUGUGGUUGCCUUGGUGUGUCUUAGGGUUGAGAAGAGGAACAUGGGCCAACCUUUCAACCCAGAAUGAAGAAAUCUGUCCCGUUCUUGUUAACAAAAUAUCCUCAGAGGGUUUCAGCUGCUGUUUGAAUGGCCUCAUUUCAUUGAGCUGAUGACAUGUUACAGCCAUCAGCAGUUGCUAGCAAUAUUCUCCAUCAGCCAUACAGAAACUUUGUAAUCUUGAAAUACGGAAGUGCAAGACAGUUUGAAUUUGAAAAUUGUGCACAAAAAUAUGGCCAAUGACUGAAUGAUAGGCUAGUAAUUCUCACCAACAGGUGUAUGCCAAAUUUCUCAGGCCAAGUCACUUUUCCAAAAUCAUUGAAUUCCCUUUCCUUCAGGUUAGUGGUAACAAUUUUGGAAACAAAAUUCAAUGAAUUCUUUUCCUGCAAAUAUUUCAUGACUAAAACCAAUGAUAGAUGCUUUAUUAGUCUUUAGAAUGUUUAGAUUUUGUAUGUUUUUUUUGUACCAGUUAUUUUGCACUGUUUUAUCAAUGAUGUAUUCCUUUGAAUUUAUUUUGUUUGCUUUAUGAAUUUGUGGAAUUCAUUUGAGAGUUGUCAACGUUUGUACAUGUACUGAAAUGUGCUACCAGUUUCUGUCAGAACUUUCAGAACCAGAAAUUCAUUUAACAAAAGAGAAAAGGACAUCUCUGCUUGAGCAGAAUUUCUGCAAGAAAAAUAGUCAACCAAAAUUUGAUGGAGCUCUUAGAAUGAAUGUUCUUCCCAAAAGGCUAUAUUGUUUUGUAAAUUUGAAGAUGCACAAGACGUUCCACCUGUAAGAUUUCAAUGACAGUUUCAGACAAUUGUCAAAGGGGAGGGGGCUCAGUAAAAAUGUAGCCGUGUCACAGACAGUUGUGACAUGCCCUUUUGCCAUUCCAAAGAAGUCUCUUGAUAAAUAUGCACUUAAUAUUUUGUCAAUUAUUGCAGUUGUGUUUCUUUUUGUUUUCUUUCUAUGUCUUUCACAUUUUGUUAGUUUUCAAUUUAUGUUUUUCUUUUAUUUUGAGAGAACAAGUUUCCCAACAUCAUCAAGAACAUGAAUGGAAGUACUUUUAUUAACCUCUCACCUGACCAUGUUUAAAGUCGUGUGUCACUUUAAAACCAAGUGACAUGUGAAAAAAAAAUACAGCUCUUAGAAUUUCAGUAAAUAAAUUUCAGUAACAUCAGGAAACGUUGAUAUUAAUGGCUACAAAAAUAACACACAGCAUACCCUGGAAGAAACUAAAAAAAUAAUUUAAAUAAUUCCAUUUGUGUAAUUCCAACAAUUUCAAAAUAUAUGGUCUGGAUGGUUGGUAAUUCAGGAUUGUUUCUGUAAGGCUACAAACCAACAGCACGCAUGAUUAAUUCUCCUAUCAUGUAGUGUAUUCUGGUGACAGAAGUUACCAAGCUUUUUGCGUCACCUGCACAGAUUUCGUAUAUCAAACAUGGCAUUCAUCUCCAUGUCAAAUAAGAUCAAAUAACCUUGAUAUUAUACAGUGAAAACAGAAACAGAAACUGAAGAAAAAAUAAAAGAUAACAUAACUAAAUGCAAAUGUAGAACUGAAAUAGGCAUAUGUAUUGAUGAUGUCACACUUUACUUACAUGUGCUCUUUCCUCUGGGAGCCAGGCAAGCUGAGGGAGGCAGGCUAGCCGGGGGAUUCCAAGGUCCAUUAAAAAAACAUACAUGUAAACAAAAGAUUGACACCAUCAACACAUAGGCCUAUUGUACAUCAUUUACGGUACAGCUUUUUCAGACAAAAAGUAUGUACUGUUAAAUUAUCUCCAUCAAGCAAAAUUCUCAAUCACCCUAUACCUAAAUUCAAACUGGAUACAUCCUUGCAUUUGGGCUUUUCUUGUUUACCCUCACAAAUUACAAUUUAAAUGGAAUGGACUCGACUGUUCCCUUAGUGAACGCAUUAUACACCAGAACACACGUAUGCAUGUUCAUUUUUUUGUCAAAGAUUCCUCUCAAGAAUUAAGAACUUGAUGAAUAUUUUUACCAUACACAGUGUAUUGAUAUCAAUUCACUGGGAUGAUCACAGAUGUGACAAUGCUUAAUUGACUAAAUCCAGUUAACACUGCUGAAUAAUAGGUAUGAUAUCUCUAAAUUUAAUUUGGGAAAACA